GAAAGAAUAAAGGGAGGGCUUAUUGGAGAGAUAAGCUAAGCUAAGCAGACUUUAACAUGACAGAGCAACUUUCAGAGGAACAGAUAGCCGAAUUCAAGGAGGGAUUCAGCCUCUUUGACAAAGACGGCGAUGGCUGUAUCACUACCAAAGAGCUAGGGUCAGUAAUGAGAUCUCUUGGACAAAACCCCACUGAAUCUGAAUUGCAAGAUAUGAUCAAUGAAGUCGAUGCUGAUCAAAAUGGCACAAUUGAUUUCCCUGAGUUCUUGAAUUUGAUGGCUAGGAAAAUGAAGGAUACUGACUCUGAGGAGGAACUUAAAGAAGCUUUCAAAGUGUUUGAUAAAGAUCAGAAUGGCUUUAUUUCCGCUGCUGAGCUAAGGCAUGUGAUGACAAAUCUUGGAGAGAAAUUAUCAGAUGAAGAAGUGGAUGAGAUGAUCCGAGAAGCUGAUAUUGAUGGUGAUGGCCAGGUAAACUAUGAGGAGUUUGUUAGGAUGGUGCUAGCAAAGUGACUGCAGUUGCUUCUUAAUUUCUAAGCUCACGGGUUACUAGUGGCAGCAGCUUUCUGUUCUUCAAAUAACUUUGUUUUGGGUUCUCCAGUAGUCAUGUUUGGGACAUAUUUUCUUUUUGAAUCUAGAAAGUUGCUGACUUUGGAUGUCAGUUUCAUA